UCUGUUGGAGCGCACGCUAGAUCAUGCUGGCUACAUUAUGGUUUGUGUAAAGCAUUGUGUUACAUUUAUGACGAGGACCAAAUAUUUCCACGAAAGGAUUUACACUCUCCGAAGUUUGGAGCAAGAGAGCCAAAGGAAACAUGGCCGAAGGAGGAGUGGGGAAUGGUGGAGGGCGCCUGCGUCCCGAGUCGCUGGAAGGCACUGGCUCCUCGCCCAUGUACGGCACAGGCCACUGUAAGUGGUUUAAUGUACGAAUGGGCUUUGGAUUCAUAUCGAUGACAAAUCGUGGAGGAACUCAUAUCGAUCCUCCAUUGGACGUAUUUGUUCACCAAAGUAAGCUGCACAUGGAGGGGUUUCGGAGUCUGAAGGAAGAGGAGGAGGUUGAGUUCACGUUCAAGAAGUCCUCCAAGGGCCUGGAGUGUAUGAGGGUGACUGGUCCUGGAGGAGUGUAUUGCAUCGGUAGCGAAAAAAGACCCAAAGGGAAAAACAUGCAGCAAAAACGAAAACCAAAGGGAGACCGCAGCUGUUAUAACUGUGGUGGUCUGGACCAUCAUGCCAAAGAGUGUGGCCUCCCUCCUCAACCCAAGAAGUGCCACUACUGCCAGAGUGCCUCUCACAUGGUGGCACACUGUCCUCACAAAUCACCCUCGGCCACUCAGGGAAGAUGCAACUUAGAGCCACCCAGCUCGAGCUCUGUCCAAAGCCCAAGCCCUCAAAGAGCCUCUUACACAUCUCAGGACAGUUGCACCCUCAGCAAAGCCUCUAGCUCACCCAAGGAGCCCACACUAAAAGCUGCCUCAUCACAAAGGAAAAAGAGGAAAAAAUAAGUCGCUUAAUCAGUCCACCAGUCUUUUAGACUGCCGAAAUUUAUUCAGUUCCUCAUUGUGAGACUUUUACUGGACUCAUCCUACCUCAGGACAAUAAGUAGAGGCCAGGUUAACAUCUCUGGAUCUCUUUAACCUAAAGAGAGGGAAUGUGCGCUGCUUUCUUUAUUACUGAUCAAUGCACUGUGAAUGAUUUAGGGAGCGCAAAUGAUUUUCAGUGCUUUUAAGAGACUGAUACCUCAUGCACAACAUACUGUACAUCUUGCUAAAAUGCAUUUUACCAAUUUUAUUGCCUAGCUGUUUAUUCCUAAUCGUGUUAUUGAACUUGAAUGCAGUAUAAAUAAUUUAAAACAGCUGCAGGGAUUCUCAACUUCUGUAGGCACACUGUAUGAUUACGAGCCAAAGAAAAUUAAGAGAUUUAAGGUUUCUUACCCGUUUUAAAGGUUUAAACAUCAGUAUGAUUAAUUCCCCUUUCCAUUGUUCUAAAGCCACAAAAUGUACAUUGCUAUCUGAUUAAUUAAUAUGAAUGAUAUAGCAUUUAUGAGACAUCUACAGAGAUUAUUUGUUUUGUUACAUUGUUUACAUUGUAAAAUCAGGUCCUAAAUUUUAACCUUUAUAGUAUUGAUCUAUUUUGUGUAAGUUUAGAUUUUGGUCUUUUGACUCGAAUGCUUGCAUAGAUAAUGUCUCUUAGUACUGUUCCUGUUGACUCCAUGGUUACUAUGAUAAUACAAUUUUGGUAAUGAAACAUCUUGUAGAGAGCAUAUAAAGCAUAAAGUACAUGUGAAAUUAAGUACAGAAGAAGCACACUCAAUAUCACACUGCACAGAUGUUUUGUUAGUUAUGCUGUUGUAGCAGCCAGAGAUGAAGGAUAUGAUAUAACAGCAGUAGCUUAUAUGCAUUAACUUAUCCAUAUAGUGGAAAGGCAGACAUAAAGAAGUACAGUGGAUUUGCAAGAGACCUGCUAUAUAUUUUCAUAAAGAAGUAACCUUUCUUUGUAAAAAAAAAAAAAAAAAAAAACUUUUAAAGGAAUACUUAACCUUUUUUCAGUCUUUUUUUUUUAAGGAAUACCUAACGUUUUCCAAUUUGAUUUACAUGUAUUACAUCAGAUGUGAUGUCUGUAGAGGUGUUUAGCCUUUUUAUUUUUAAUGUUUAUCGUUGAGUUUCCUUCUAAUGACAAAAGAAGAUAAUGCAUUUUCUUUACUUCGAGCUUUUUUUUAUAAUGGAUGCCUAAGGCAGUUGUUGGGGCAGCUAAGUAAUGUUUAUGUGAAAUGUAUUUAGGAACAUUUUGGAGCAUGGAAGUGACCAGAAGAACUUUUUUAAUAAUGUGGCUCCAAUAUUAGAAAAUAUAUACUAAUAUAUAUGUACAACAUUGGUAUUAUAUUCUCUCAUUUCUGCCAAAUCUUAACACCACACUGACAUAUAAUUAACACCGAUAGACAGCAUAACAUCAUUGGAUUAUAUAGUUGCAUAUUUUUAAAUGUUUAUUGAAGGAAUUUAAUAACUACCCUUAGACAUCCAUUAUAAGUGAAUGUAGAGCAAAAAUAUUUGCAUUAGUUGUGUGGAUUCCUGUUAAUUUGGACAUCUUUAUGUGAUUGACUGUUAUGCUUAAAUACGGACCAUAUCAGUUAAUUUUGUUAAUAGUAUUAACAAAAUUUGUUCUACUUCGUUAAUUUAAAUAGCUGCUUUAUAUUCUGGGCUACAUGUAAGGUUAAACAGUAUAAAAUAAUUAGAGUUCAGUUUCCAGUUUUCUAGAGAUAUGCAAUUUUAUCACCAGAUAUUACAUGAUUAAUCUUCACUUCACUUACUGUUCAAACAAUACAUGUUACCUUAAUUGUGAUUUUUUUUUUUUACAUUAGAACUAUGUGGUGUUUUGCCACCUAGUAAGUCUUAGAUGAAAGAAAUUAAUGGCACUUACUGUUUAUGUUUACAAAUUAUUUAUACAAUCUUACAUGUAGCAAUUUCCAGGUGAGAAAAUUCAAAUCAUAUUGCUUAUGAUUUUUUUUUUUUUACUCUAUUUGUUACCUGUGGCAUGACAACAUGUUAAAUCCCUGACUGUUACACAGAAAUGAACAAUGAGUUUCUCAGUGAGAAACUUUAUCUCAGGGACUUGUUUACCAAAUAUGUAAUUUAUGACUAUAAUUUACAGCUAGUUAAUUCCUGAAAACGCUUCUUGUACGUGUUAUUAAAAUUUCAUGGAGAAACAGGACUGUUUCUCAAAAGCAGUUGCGUACUAUUUCUUGAUUUUUAAACCUUCUAAAUUUAUUACUGAAGUGCAAACCAUUCACUUGCUGGACUUUUCUGUACUGACAUAUUUGUAGUGAUGGACACUAUGUUCUGGCAAUAUCUGAAGGUGUUUUAAAAGAUUUAGUGCCUCCUAGUGGUCAUGGAGGGUAUUUUCCUGAGUUUAGUGGUUGUGAUUUUUUUUUUUCUGUUUACAGUAACUCCUACCUCAAUCAUUUUGUUUGUAAAAGUCAGAUUACUGCGCAACAGAGAAAAUAUUGCCUUUGACAAAUUGUUACUAUAAAGGGCAAAAUAAGACAUUAAAUGCAACUUACUGUAACAUGCCUCUGCUUGUUGUACACAAAGUGACGUUUUUAUAGUUUUAAGUUUUAUUGUUGUAACUUUACAACAAUACAACUUUAUUGUAUGUUGUGAUCUGAGACGUUUUAAAGCUGUGAGAGUUAAAUGUAUUCUAAUCAUCUAACCAUAAUUAUUUCCUCCUUACAGUUUAAAAUUUAGAAACUUCCUUAUUUUCUAAACAUGCAUACUGAUGUAAUGAUUAGUCUGUAUAAACAUGGGCAAAUUAUUGUUCUUUUUUAUGUUUUAUGUUAAAAUUAUUAAAUGGAUUGGAGAUAUUGAUAAAAUUGUUUU